GCGCCCGCGCACGCGCUUCUAUCCCGGAUUCAUCCCAGUUUCAUAAGUUAAUAAUGACUGGCUAAUCCCCGGUUCCCGUGGUGCUGUGAUUAUUAAGUGCGUUGGACUUCAUCUGUGUUUUACACCACACACGCACACAUACACAGAUAGGCUACCACCAUGCCGAUCGGCAACGUGAGCAACUCUGGGGCGAAGAGAGAUAACUACCGCCCACCAUGGGUCAAGGAUAAAGACGCCGAGGCUCCCCCACCAUGGACUCAGAGGAAAUUGAAGCCAGUGGAUACUAAAGCGGAAGUAGAAGACCAGCCGGCUGCUAAGAAACCCGGACUAAAGAAACAAGCUACAAUAAGAGACAAAAAUGAAAACGGUGUUGCAGAACCUGUAGAAGAAAAGUUAGUAAAACCAUCAGCAGCCAAACUAUUAGAUAAAGCUACAAAACCAGCCGACGAGAAGCCAAGGUUUUCAAAAUCUAAUUUAAAAACUGUGGACAAAUCUCCCAAACAGGAAGACAAAAAUUCUAAAUUGGACACCAAAACCCCUAAAGCAGAAGAAAAGGCCGUUAAUAAUAAGGCCGAAGAAAAGAAACCAACUUUAAGGACAGUAAGAACAAUCGAUGAUAAAGCUAAGGAAAAAUCAGUAACUAUAGUUGAUAGGAAAGCCGAAAAGGCUGAAGACAAAUCAAGUAAAAAUGGUCCUACAAAGCCUAAUAAUGCGGUGAACAAUAAGAUUACUAAUGAUAAAAGUUCCACAAAUACUACAAACAAAGACACAAAACCUGUUACCAAAGUGACUGAGACUCCUAAAGUAGAAGAAAAAAUGGAAACCAAAUCUAAAAUGGCAACAAAGCCACCAACACCACUUGAAAAAACUCCAUCAAAGCUACCACCCCGCAAACCUUCACUACAGAAACAGCCUUCGAAAGACGAGCCUGUGAAGAAAUGGAGGGAUCCUUUACACGAGCGAGUGAAGGAAAAUAUAGACAAAACCCUGGCUAAUGAAAUUCCGAAAGGACAUACGCUGACAAAGAAUGAGAGUUUAAGAAGUUUGCUUAAACCGACACCACCACCAAUGCCACCGCCCUUGCCGCCAAAGAUGCCGCCACCCCCGGAAUUCAAGAAGGCGCCACUGGAUCCUCAGAAGCUGAAGAAGGUAGAACAACUCCGCAGCAGACCACGGAAGAGACCAGACUGGAGCGACAUGAUGAAGGAGGUCGAACAGGGGAAGAAACUGAAACAUGUUGUCUGCAAUGACAGGUCCAGCCCCAUCAUCACUAGAUCAGCCGUUGUAAAAAAUAAAGACCAGUUCAUAUUCGAAUCAGAGAAACCUAAUUCACACAAUGAACUCCUUAAAGAGAUUAACAAAGGUGUUAGAUUAAAAAAAGUUAAAACUAAUGAUAGAAGUAAACCUAAUCUAGAAGGUUUAAGGAAAUUUAGACGGCAAAUGACUAUUGAAGAACAAGUACAGAAGUCUAUGUCUCAAGCUAAUAUUCAAGCUUCGCCAUCAGGAGCAUGUAUUCCAGAGCAGGGCAUUCUUCAAACCCCAGCGACAGAAGAAGAGGAGAUUGAUGAAAUGGAUGAUAUUGAUAAGGUCAGAGACGAUCUCCAGUCCACAAAGCAGUUACUAGCUAUUGAACUAAGAAAUAAAGAAGCACAAGAAAGAGAAAAUAAACGACUUUUAACAAGGAUACAAAAUUUGGAAGCUGAACUUGCUAGGGAACGUGCCAUUAUUAAACAAGAGCAACACAAAACUGUUAUAUCUGUUACGGAUGCAUAUGAUGAAAGGCUCGUCAAUAGUCUUAAGCAAGAAGUCGAAAAAACUAAAGAGAAUGCGGAUAAUUUAGAAAGAAAAUAUUUAGAAGCGGCUGAAGAUAGAGACACAGCUUUAACAGAACUUGAGGAAGUUAAAAGAAGAAAUGCCGAAUUGGAAAAAAAAUUAGAACAGGCCUUAUCGAACAAGCUUGAAGAAAUGUAUUUAUCAGAGGAACCAUUGUCAUUCUAUCAAAAGAGGCAGCUUGAAUUUGAGAAGCAAUGUAGGUUAUUGAAUAUAGAUAUAAAUUCUGCAGAAGCCCAGGAACUCAAAAAGUCUUCUAUGAACACUAAUAAUAACAUUGCUUCUGAUAACUUUGCUUUCACUAACCGAGAUGAUGAGGGUAUUAUGCCUUCAAACAUGGGUUCAAGACGUUCGAGCCACGCUAUCAGACAGCUUUCGAUAACCAAAGAUGACAGUUUUGAAGAAGAAGAAGAAUCCGAUGAAGAAGAGGAAGAAAGUGAGGAAAAGAAGCAAAAAAGAAUGGAGAAAGAAAUACGCAAUAUGAGGAACAAAAUCAGACAUCUAAAAGAAAAGCAAGACCACAUGAAGAAAGAACGAAUGGGCUUUAAAAUGGCAUUGAAGAACCAGCAAGCUGCUUUAAAGGAAGAAAAACGAAAAUACAAGGAGUUAAAACAGGAGGUGGACAAGAUGGCGUCAAUGAUGAAAGAAGUUGGUUCUGAUGAUGAAGACGAAGACGAGGAAGAGGAAGAAUCUGAAGAAGAGAAGAAGAGUGAGUCAGAAGAAGAAGAAACAGAGACGGAAACAGAGCAAGAUACCGAAAGUGAAACUGAAAGCGAAAGCGAGCCUGAAGAUGCUCCUUUGCCUAAGAAGAAGGAAAAUCUAUCUACGAGACUAAAGCGACACGAGACCAGGGUCAACGCUUUGAAGAAGGGAAAUGCUUUGCUCAUGGCGAACGUAGACCGGCUAAAAGACGAUGUCCUCAAGCAAAGAGAAGAAUCGCAGACGCUGCAGAAAGAAUUGGAUUCCUUGAUUGACGACUUGGAAUGAUCGGGUUAGAUUUAUAAGGUGUAAACAGACCAUUCUGUCUGUGGUAUGAUGAAGGGAUAUGCUAUGGUAUGAUGCUACCUACUGUAUGCUUCACUGAAUAUAAACCCUCCAAAAAAACCCUA